CCUUGUCUCAAAACCUCUCCAUGCCUGUCACAGAAAACGAUAUCAAAUCAGUGGCGAAUGCUUCGCAGUUGAUCAAUGCCAAUCUCCUGAAUAAAGGGUUUCCUGAAAAGUUGCUCUUCAACUCUAUUGACUGGGAAUCCCUACUGGAAGGCCAGAAGGGUGGCAGUACCCGCAAGAGAAAGAAGCAGAAUCCCGUUUCAGUGGGGGAGGAUAAUCCUUUCCUUGAAGAAAAAGUUGACUCACCAGAGCUCGCGGAAGAUAGCCAGGAUGACACCUUCGACCUCCAGAUCACCAGGAGAAUAUACAACAACGACAAGAAUGUGAUUAACGUGAUCCAUUCCUUGCUACAGCAAAUCGAUGAAACUAAACACCAAAAAGAAGCCUUCCUCAAAGCUCUUAAUGAACACGAGCAAGAGAAGAAAGAGAUGAAGAACAGAAUUGACCAGCUAAACCGGAAGAUCGAUCAACAAACAACAGAUUUGGGGGAAGUUACGUGCCACACCAAAUCCCAACAGACCACCAUCAAGCGACUCGAGACCUUGCAUAGCGCUACCUUGAAGGAGGUCAAACAGUUGAAAAACUUCAGCACCGCCUUGAAGGCCAAGUACGACAACGAGGUGAGGAGGAAGGACGUAGAGUUGACCACAAUGCAAGACAAGUUACUAGACAGACGGUUGACUGCGUCACGAAAUGCAAAUAUCGCCUCUUCACCGCUAACAGGGUCCGUGAUCUACGGAAACAAUCCGUCGUUGAUCAAUUUCAAUUACGAGCAGCAGGUCCAGAGGCUGCACUCGGCUGAUGGAUCGCUGGAUGAUGGCCGCAGUACGUUUGUGAACGAGGAGUUUAAGAAGAUGAUGGUAGACUUGGCAAACUUGAUUACCAACUUGCUCUCGGAAAAUUCACAGUUCUUGAGGUUCAACAAAUCGUUGAGCCGCUACUUCCAGGAUGUGGACUUGCUAGUAACCAACAACCGGAUUAUUGACAAGUUACCGGAUAUCGCCACGUACUUGCAGGCAGACGAAGCUCUUGAGGCUGGACGCCGCCAGAAAGAUCCUACAAAGACCUUAGACGAAAUGAUUGAGGAGAUGGAGGAGUUCAAGACUGCUUCCGACUCGAUAACUAUCCGCCUACAAACUAUAUUUAACGAAAAGUUGGGCAAUUUUGAUAAAAACGACAAAGUAUUGAUGAAUGAAGAAAUCGAGAGCUUGAAGACGGAGUUGGAAAGUGUCACAAAGAACUGGAAAGCUGCUAUGAGUACCAUGGAGCGCUGGAGAAGCUACAAAGGAACGGAGUAGAAGUCUCAUACUCUGGGAACUUCCUCUGAGGAUUUAGUGUCGUCUCCCGGGAUUACAUUUGGCGACGGAUUGUAUCGGACAUGUAUCAGGCCGUCGUCGUGGUGCACAGCGUAAAGUACACUCUCUUCAUCUUUGAAGUGUGGCUGAACGGGGGAGCUCCACCAAGAGCGCUUUUGUAUAGCGAGAAAGUUCCAGCGGUUGGAAGGCUUAACAAAUUUGACAUUAAAAAAUGCCAUGAAGAUGACCCCUGGGAGGGUGCAUACCACAAAGAGCACAAUAGAGGUUAGAGUCACCGCCCCUAUUAUCAUCAAACGGUCUGAUAUUUCUCUCUUUUCACUCAUACUUAAUAAAAAAGAUGAUUGAGAUUAGCUUUGUGUUCAAUAUAAAGUAGGCAUCCAUACAGUAUUUAUAGCAGA